GUAGCUUCCGGUUAUUGUGUGCAUACAUUCCGAGGACAUUCUGAAUGGGUACGAAUGGUGCGCGUCUCACCAGAUGGCGUACUUUUUGCGUCCGCGAGUAAUGAUCAGAGAGAUGCUGAAAUAUUUGCGAGGCGAAAACCGUUUCGAAUUAAAUCCGAGUCCGUAAUGGUAUGGUCGCUGCAGUCGAAAAGUGUAAAAGCAACUUUACGUGAACAUGAGCAUGUCGUUGAGUGUAUUGAAUGGGCUCCGGACACCGCAUUGGCGCCCAUCAGGACAGAAGGUUAG